AUGUUGAACUCAAAUGACGGAUCCCUUGGCAGUAAUGCUGGAAGGCUUGCCAGGGCAACACAGUGCUGUGUGGUCACUGAGGUGCUUGCUUUGCUGCAGUCCUGCUGGUGCAUAGGUAAGCUACCAGUGUGGUCAGGCCUGGGCCUCAGCUUGGACGGGUCUCUUGGGAACAACAGCAAGGCUUGCCAGGGCAACACAGUGGUGUGUGUUGAGGUGCUUGCUGUCCUGCUGGUCUGUUAUGUUACCCUGCUGUGCUGCUGGCACACCCUCGUACAGGACAGAUCCCUUGGCAGUAAUGCUGGAAGGCUUGCCAGGGCAACACAGUGCUGUGUGGUCACUGAGGUGCUUGCUUUGCUGCAGUCCUGCUGGUGCAUAGGACGGGUCUCUUGGGAACAACAGCAAGGCUUGCCAGGGCAACACAGUGGCAUUCCUGACACCACUGAGCUGCAUCCUUGACCUGCCUGCUUACACAGAGUACACCAGACUACGUCCAGCUCCCAAAUGAGGUGCAAUGUGUCAUCUUUGCAGCUGUUUUCAAGUCCCACACCAGCAAGGAAGCAUGCCUGAUGGGACUCUUAUCUUUGUUGUUGGUGUUAUACUGUAUCUUUGAUCAUGUCUUGUUGAUUGCACCUUCCCUUACUGUCAUCCUUCUCUCUCUUGUCACAAUCUUCAGUUUUCAAGUGUUCUCAUUCAGGGAAAACAAAUCCAUAAGUGGUAAUUUUAUAUGCAUCUUGUAUUUUUUAAGGACAUGGUAUUUUAGAAUUUUUUUUUUUUUUUAUUCUCUCUCUCUCUCUCUCUCUCUCUCUCUCUCUCUCUCUCUCUCUCUCUCUCUCUCUCUCUCUCUCUCUCUCUCUCUCUCUCUCUCUCUCUCUCUCUCUCUCUCAGUUGACACCACAUAAUGACCUCUACAUAAUCUUUCAUCCACUCACCACCUCACAUCUAGUGCAGCCAUCACAGGAGCAGCUGGUUGUGCCUCACCAGGACAGUUCAGAGGCCAAAGACCCACAAUGUUGGGAGUCUGCAUCACUCUUGGUCUUGCAUCCCAGCUCCGUCUGUACUGCACAGCAUCUAGAAGUGAAUAUUGACAAUGUAUAUAAGCAGGAAAAAAAAUAAAUAAAUAAAGUGA